CAUUUCGUUUUUGUUAGUCUUACGAAUUGUUUCUUAUUUGUGAAAGCUCGUCGAACGGAAGCAAAUCUCGCUUUUUUACCCUUUUGAAAAAUAAAGGAAAAAGUUCGUAAAAAGCGAAAAAGCCCAUCGAAUUAAGCCCGAACGUAAGUGGAAGAAGAUCAUAUACCAAAAUGGUUGCCGUUAGCAUUGAUUCCGUCAUUGACAUUUCGGCCGCGGAUCAGUCCACGGCCGCGUCGGGUGUGGCCAUAAAAGACGAGCUACCAAACGGCGACUAUAUUCUGGUUGCCGUUGACAUAGAUACAACUGGACGCCGUCUCAUCGACGAGAUUGUCCAACUGGCCGCUUACACCCCGACCGAUCAUUUCGAGCAAUACAUUAUGCCGUAUAUGAAUCUAAAUCCGGCUGCCCGUCAGCGUCAUCAGGUUCGCGUUAUUUCGAUUGGAUUUUUUCGUAUGCUGAAGUCGAUGCAGACCUACAAGAUCAUCAAAUCUAAAUCAGAGGUCGCUGCGCUAAAAGACUUCCUUGACUGGCUGGAUCAGUUAAAAUCGAAGAAUCCGAAUACGGAUGGCAUUGUCCUACUUUACCAUGAGGAGCGCAAAUUUAUACCCUAUAUGAUUUUGCAAUCCCUCGUCAAGUAUGGCAUGCUCGAUAGAUUCACCAAGACAGUCAAGUCUUUUGUAAAUAGCUUCAAUCUGGCCAAGUCCUCAAUUGGCGACACCAAGCACUAUAGCCUUCGGAAUCUAUCGAAGAUACUGAGCAAGGCCAAGGAGGACAACGCCAGAGUCGAUAAUGAUAAUGAGGCAGAUAGUAACAGUAGCAGCGCUGAUAAGCAUGUAAAGAAUGGACUCCAAAAGGAGCGAGAUGAGUUCGAUGGCAGUGCCAGCGUCCGCGCCAAGCUGACCUUUAAUGUGGCUCUGCAGCUGAGCAACUUGGACAGCACCGAGCCAGAGUCCUCGGAGGCCUUGAGCAAUCUGUUUAAUGCACUCAAGCCCUUCACCGAGGCCAUUAGCGGUGAUGUCAAAGAGCUGGACACACAGAAUGUGCACCUGGAACGUCAAAAUUCGUUCCGUCCCGUAUUCUUGAACUAUUUCAAGACCACGCUCUAUCAUCGCGUGCGUGCCGUCAAAUUUCGCAUUGUGCUGGCCGAGAAUGGCUUCGAUUUAACCACAUUGAAUGAUAUUUGGACUGAGAAGCGUAUCGAAGGACUGGAUGCGGCCCUGCAGGGCAUUGCCAGCCUGAAGGCCGAGGAUAAAAAUGAGCUGGUCGAGCUGCUAGACAGUUUCUUUGAUCCAGCCAAGGUUACCAUCAAGCCGAUCAUCAAACCCAGCACAAUACGUCGUCGCAAUAAACGCAAUACGCCCGCCCACAAGCCGGGCGUCGGCAGCGGUUCACGUUCCGCUAGCGAUGAAUUCGGCGCCGGCGGGGACAAAUCACAAAGUGUCUCUUCUGUGCCAGAUUCUACCACCAAAACACCGUCGCCCAUCAAAAACGGCGGCCGUCCACAGCGCAAACGCAAUUCGCGUCCAAGCCUUCACACUAAGGAGGUGAAGUCCGCCGAGUCGGCACUGAACAAUACGGCUCCGGCUAGCAUCUCCUUGCCCAACUACGUGCCCAUUGCGGCCACCAACUAAGGGGGCGCGGCGCAAUCAACCACAUUCAGAAAAAUCUAAAAUAGAUGAUAAAAUCCACACAAAAUUGUCACAAAGGAAUCCAAAAAAAGAAUGAAAAAAAUACAACUGCGAACUGUUUUCCUUUUUGAAGAACGGCACAGAUUAGAAACAAAUUAGUCCAAAUUCAAGUGUAAGCGUAAAUUUCAAGUUGGUUUUUUUUUGCAACAUGUACACGUGACUAUCUAGAGUAUAUGUGAAAGGACAUGUUAGUGAAUGGAUCUGAAUAUGAAUAUGAAUAUAAAUAUAUAUAAGCGAGAAUAUGCAUAUAUAUAUGGAAUGUAAUGCAUGUCAUCUUGGUAAAUGUACACACGAAAAGCUAUCGUUCCCGAAACGAGACGAACCGAAUCGAAUCGAUAUAUAUACUGCGAUUGGCUGCAAGAAAUUGGGCAAAUCACAACAAGAUACGAAAUGUACACGAAAUAUAAUUAUGAUAUUUACGGUGCAAGUAAACCCAAACUCUGGAAGUUCGUGCUUGGGCUACUGCUGAACACACACAAUCCACAUACACGGUAACUGCGCAAUUUGGAUGCACCUAAUCUUCUGAAAAGAUCCGAGAUCUGGACUCUAUAUAUGGUGAAAAGGAGAGAUCAACCAUAUAUAUAUAUAAAAUCAUAUAACACACACUGUAUAAUUGAAUAUGCUAUCAAAUAUCGUUGCGUUCAGGCAUAGUUUUCCAAAAUAUAUGAAUUACGGACACGAUUGGAAAAAUA